ACUAAACUCAGCCGCAGAGAGCGUCGGGAAUGGUCCUCCAGCGGCGCGGCACAUGUGAGCCGAGGGGCCACCGGUAACGGUUUCUUUUUUUUUUUAUUUCAGAGGAGAGACGGGAAAAAGGGCAGUGAGAAGAGAGCGUAAAGUGGACAUCUGAGGGCUGACUUGUCAAGAGUGUCAUAAAACCUCGACACGAUGGUCUGUCUGUCGGGAUUCAGCUUGGUCUUCCUGAGCGCUCUGCUGCACACUGCGGCACCCUGGGGCGCACACCGACCGGAGAGACCGCGGCAGUGCGACGCACCAAAGUCGCAAAGUGACAUGAACUCUUUCCUGUGGAGAGUGAACCGUGCGCCUCCUCACCCACCUUCUUACUUAUUUGGUACCAUCCACGUGCCCUAUACACGAGUCUGGGACUUCAUCCCCGACAGAUCCAAGCAGGCCUUCUACAACAGCCGCAAUGUGUUCUUUGAGCUGGACCUGACCGACCCUCUGACCAUCUCCAAGCUGACCAGCUGCCAGCUGCUGCCCCACGGGGAAAACCUGCAGACGCUGCUACCUCGAGACCUGUACCGCCGUCUCAAACGCCACCUGGACUACGUCAAACACAUGAUGCCUUACUGGAUGACCGCUGACCAGCGCGGCCGCGGCCUGUAUGCUGACUACCUGUUCAACGCCAUUGCGGGGAACUGGGAGAGGAAAAGGCCGGUUUGGGUGAUGCUGAUGGUGAACUCGUUGACGGAGUGGGACGUUCGGUCCAGGGGGACGCCUGUGCUGGAUCUGUUCUUGGCUCAAGAGGCAGAGAGGAUGGGAAAAGCAACGGGGGCGGUGGAGCGGGUGGAGGAGCAGUGUCACCCCCUCAAUGGGCUGAACUUCUCUCAGGUGCUGUUUGCGUUGAACCAGACGCUGCUGCAGCACGAGGGCGUGCGCGCGGGCAUCCUGCAGGGCUCCUACACCACCGAGGACCUCAUUACCCACUACAACUGUGGAGACCUCAGCGCCAUCAUCUUCAACCACGACACCUCACAGCUGCCUCACUUCAUCAACAGCUCCCUGCCAGCUCAUGACCGCACGAUCGCCCUGCAGAUUGACAGCUACUUCCGCCAGGAGCUCAUCUACAAACGCAACGAGCGAAUGGCUCGCCGUGUGUCUGCCUUGCUGCAGAGAAAUCCCAACCAGACAUACUUCUUUGCUUUUGGUGCAGGUCACUUCCUGGGGAACCACAGCGUGCUGGACAUCCUGAGGCAGGAGGGCUACGAGAUCGUCCAGGUGCCCCCUGAUCACCAAGAGCCAGUCCCAGAGAGCAAACCGGCUAAAGAGCCUUCAGCGCGGUCCGGCGAGGAGGGCGCCGACAGCAGCACGUCGUCUCCGGACAGCUGGCUGACCAGUCCGUCAGAGCUGGAGCUGGACUACGCAGAGAGCAUGCCCGGCCUCGGGGACGACGAGCUGCCUCACAUCCUGCUCCCCGACAGCCUGAGCCAGCUGGAGGAAUUCGGGCGACACAAGCGGCCUCGCAAACCUCACCGCGGCCACGGGAGGCCCCGCCUCUUCAGCGACCUGUGGGUUCGCAUCGGGGACAGCACUACUACGCCACCUAACGUGAGGAUAAUCAAUGGCUACGUGACAGUGGAGCCUCCGAUGACCCAUCAGGAGCAGCACAGACGGGUGGAGAUCUCUGCCGCAGAGCGACAACCCAGUCCGGCUCCCUCCACUCCGGCCAGCUCCAGCUCGGCCUCAGUCCACCGCGCACUCACGCCGUCUUGCAUUCUAGCCUGGCUGUUAACACACAUGCUGUUCACCUCCUGACCCCAGGACAGCAUUAUCUCACAGACAAAACACUGCAGACACUACUGCCUCCAUACCAGAUUAGUGGACUGUGAUAAACAAGGAAUGGCCAUCAACACCAUUGCGGAAAGGAGACGGAGGAGCUGCCUCCGUCUACGGGGAGGGAUUCGGCUCCAGCACCGCCGAAGUCUUCACCAACUCGUCGAGUCUCAAAAUGUGCGAGAUAAGCUCUCAGCCGCGACGCAAGCAACGAACGGACCGUGUUCUUCGAGCCCCGUGAAAAUAUUAUGGUAGAAUAACAAACACACAGCACUACGAGGACAUGUACUGAGUUUGAGCGAGCAGCUGUAAUACUGUAUAGAGAAGUAAGACGUUAACGAUGAGAGUAGGACGUACUAACAACAGUCAGAACUCGGUGAUAAAUGAGUUGAAUGCAUACAGUCACACAGUGCUGUGUAGGAGGUGGAGCACUCUGUUGCCACUGCUUUUUGUAAAUUGUGCAUUUUGUUCAUAAAAAAAAAUAUUGUAUAUUUAUUA